AUGGAAGAAUUCUUUGAAUCAAAAGGCCUCAGACUGUACACUUUUGAUACGCAGAAUUAUGAUGAUCUUGUGGAAGAUCGAUUCAAGAUGAGUUCAAUUUCAACUGAAUCGAGGGCAUACACUGGGAUAUUUGGUUAUCUCAAAGCCAGACUAUUUCGAGAAGUCCAUUCUCCCAAAGAUAUUAAAUUCGGAAGAAGCUAUUGCAAAUCCGAUUGA